AUUGGCAUAUAAUAUUUAAAUUUAAAAAUUUAAUGGGAAUAUUUUUAGAUAUAUAGAAAAAAAUCAUAAAUUAUAGUUAUACAAAAAAUGUGACGAGAUGAAUUAUUACAGUAAUUGGAAAUACUGGGGAUUGUUCUGCGAACGAGGAGGUGGUCAUAGCCUAGAAGCGCAAUUCUUGAAACGCGUACAAACGACGGGUUUCCUUCUUCGAGGAAGAAAGUACUCGCUGGGCUUCGAGCAGGAACCAUCGAAGAACAGACCGAUUUUCAAGGAAAACCGAAGAGAAUUAUCGCAAAACAUGUGUAGCAGCAACAACAAGGCGGGAACAAACACGUAUAUGGGACUGGAUUUGAGUACGCAACAACUCAAAGCAGCAAUAAUAAACGACAAACUAGAGAUUCUCUACGAGGAAGCUGUUAGUUUUGACAGCGAUUUACCUGAAUUUCGUACUCAAAAUGGCGCUGUCAUUGACAAGGCAGAUCCGCAGUAUAUUACAGCCCCUGUGAUGAUGUGGGUGAAGGCUUUUGAUAUUCUAUUGGAUAAAUUAACAGUGGCAGGAGCGGAUUUUACCAAGCUGACAGCACUCAGUGGUACAGCGCAGCAACAUGGUUCUGUUUACUGGCAAAAGGGGGCGGAAGACACCUUGAAAAAACUGAAUCCUAGUCAAUUUUUACACGAACAAUUGUCACACAGCUUUUCGGUGACCAAUAGUCCUAUCUGGAUGGACGCAAGCAGUACAAAACAGUGUAAACAGUUAGAAGAUGCAGUCGGUGGACCAAAGGAACUGGCACAAAUCACCGGAUCCAGGGCUUAUGAAAGGUUUACCGGGUCUCAGAUAGCCAAAAUAUACCAAACAAGACCAGAUGCGUACAAAAAUACCGAAAGAAUAUCUUUAGUUAGCAGUUUCGUGAUCAGCCUGUUCCUGGGCAAGGUGGCGCCCAUAGACCUAUCAGACGGUUCUGGCAUGAACCUGCUGGAUAUCAGGACGAAAAAGUGGCAUCAACCCUUACUGGACGCGUGCGCACCCGAUUUAAAGUCCAAGUUAGGUGAACCAGUUCCAAGUGACACGGAUGUGGGCAAUGUGUGUUCCUAUUUCGUGGACAGGUAUAAUUUUAACCCCAACUGUCGGAUCAUUGCGGCGACGGGAGAUAACCCAGCAUCCCUAAUAGGUUUAAAACUGCAAGCGGGAUGGUUAGCUGUGAGUUUGGGUACCAGCGAUACGGCUUUCCUAUGGUUAAAAGAACCCAGAUUAGUACUCGAUGGCCACGUUCUGUGCAAUCCCAUCGAUCCGCAGGAAUAUUUUGCGUUGCUGUGCUUCAAGAACGGGUCUUUGACAAGAGAAAGGAUACGAAACACUUGCGCUGAGGGAUCGUGGGACAUAUUCAACCAACUGUUGGAAAGCACGCCCAGAGGAAACUUUGGAAACCUAGGUUUAUAUUACGACGUGGAAGAAAUUUUACCAUUCCUCAAAGGAGACUAUAGGUACAAUAAGACGCAAAGCGUCAGUAAAUUCUCCAGUCUCGAAGUCGAAGUUCGCGCGUGCGUAGAGGGUCAAUUUCUUGCAAAGAGGGCCUACGCAGAAGACUACGGACUCGCCAUAGGUAGCGACAUUAAAAUUCUAGCCACAGGGGGUGCAUCUGCGAACAAAGCCCUACUACAAGUACUGUCCGAUGUUUUUAAUUCCCCAGUAUAUGUACAGGACGCAGCUAACUCGGCCAUGUUGGGCGCAGCUUACCAGGCGAAACAAAGUUAUGGAGGAAAGAAAUACAACGAGAUCAUAGCAGCAUUACAUAAUCCAACAAAAGUGUGUGAUCCGUAUCCAGAUGCUCCGGAAAUCUACGACCCCAUGGUCGUAAGGUUUCGACAAAUAAUUAAAGAAUUAGUGGCACAAAAGAAAUAAAAAUUUUCAAACAAAACUCUCUAAUUGAUUUUCUGUAAAUAAGUAUACGUAGAACUCGUCAUUACUAUCACAUACAGAGUGAUUGAUAAACAAAAAUAUAUAAAUAAAAUGCUGUGAAACA